CUUCUAUUCGGUUUGGGUGUCGAUGAAAUAGACCAGCGUUGACUUUUCACCGCGCCUGGUAUGCCCGUGAUGGGCGCUAUGGAGCUUCGUUCAUUUGUCUUGCUUUUCGUCGCCAUACCCUACAGUCUUGCUAGCGUCACCGUAUACAGCCAGAUACCACUCGGACAGGCAACCCAAUCUGCUUCCGCUGCUACUUACACUGCACCCGCUGCUUACGACCCGACCGUCCUCAACCCACCACCCGUGCCUCCAAGCUUUUCCACGCAGAUAUCCCUUUCUGUCCCUGCGACCUCGGACAAUGUGUCCCUUAGUCAACCUCUCAAAGGCUCCUUCCUGGGUUUCUCCAUUGAAUUCAGUGUCAUAUCCCAAGUUUUCGGGAAAAACUCGUCUUUCAUCCAAGUUCCCUUCUUAAACCUCAUGUCCAACCUCCGCCAACGCGCAGGCGAAGUACGCAUCCGCGUCGGCGGAAACACGCAAGAAACAGCCUCUCUCGUAGAUUCACUCCCAAACGGUGACAUGGCUUUAAAGGAACCUAGCAAUCUUAACGAUCCGACGUCCACACCUGCGCUACGUUAUACCGCCGAUGCGCUUUAUAUGUUAGGAAAUAUUUCUUCGCUGGUGGAUGUCAAGUGGUUCCUUGGUAUACCAUUCAAUGAUACUACCAACCUCCGCCUGCAGAUCGCAGAGGUAGGAGAAGCAGUUUUAGACUCGGGCGGAUACCUCCUGGGAUUCCAAGUCGGAAACGAGCCUGACUUAUAUGCCGCGCACGGUGUCCGUCCAUCAACAUAUAGUCCGUACGACUAUUUCGGCGAAGUUGGAAUCCUCGUCGAUGCCGUGAACAAUGACAAUUCUAUACCCGUCAAGAAUAACCUUGUCGUACCCUCCGUUUCUGGGACGUGGACGCCCGAAGACGUUUUCAAUACUGGUAUCGUUACCUCGUAUGACAAUUCGCUGGGAUACCUAGCCGUCGAACAUUACCCCACCGAUAACUGUUAUGCCCAGUACGGUAUUGGAUCCCCAGUCGACCCGCAAACAGUAUUUCCGGAUUAUCUCAAUCACACCUCAGCCACUUCUCUUGUAGCACCCUACCUCAAUGCAUCGUCAUACGCUGCUAGUGUUGGUAAGCCAUUCGUGAUGAUGGAAACGAACACAGCGAGUUGUGGUGGGUUUCCUGGGAUAAGUGACAGUUUUGGAGCGGCGGUGUGGGCGGUGGACUUUGCAUUGCAAAUGGGAGCGGUGGGAUUCUGGGGAGCGAUGUUACACGUCGGUGGACAGGACGAUUAUUAUAAUCCGUUUACGCCACCUCCAACGAACCAAUCAUCCUACCACCAAUGGACAGUCGGUUCCGUAUUCUACUCGUCCCUCUUCAUCGCCGAAGCCCUUGGGUCGAGCGGGACGGCCCGACUCGUUGAUCUCACCAACGCACUAACAUCACCCUCCGACACAACGACACCACCCGCGACAUCGAUAUACACGCCUGUGUAUGCAAUAUAUGAGAAUGGUGCACCUGCGCGGUUGGUCGUGUUUAAUUUCGUGACGGAUACGAGUGGGUCGAGUACCGUGCAAUUUGCAUUUGGGCUUGGAGGAGGGAAUGUACCUGGAAGUGUGCAGGUCAAGUACUUGCUUGCACCAUCCGUUUCGGACAAGAAUAAUAUUACCUGGGCGGGUCAGACUUUUGGCUCGACCUUUGAAUCUGACGGGCGUUUCCAAGGCUCGCCCUCUAUCACAACCAUUUCUUGUUCUCCCUCUUCCAACACCUGCACGGUCCCGCUCCCCGCACCCUGCAUCGCACUAAUCUUUCUCACAUCUUCAGCCUACGCCGAAAGUAAUCCCUCUUCGACCGUCACGUUCGCAACGACGGCGCUCACGCAGACUUGGAAUACAGCGACAAUCAAUCCGACGGUACUGGCGACAAGCAAUGGGAUGUCGGGGAAAGAGAGAGAUCAGUUGGCGAGUACAAGUAGGGAGAAUGGGGCGGCUUCGAUGGGGACUGGGAUAGGGGUGGGGCUGGGACUGGGACUGGUAGGGUUGGGCGUGGGAGCAUGGAUGGGGGGAGCGGGGACGUGGUGA